UCCUUUAUCUUUUCCAUCUCUCUUUCUCUGCAACUCUCUCAUGUUGAUGUGAUUCUCCACCCACACACUUACAUAUCCAAAAAACUCAUCAAACUUUUGCAAAAAAGAGAAAGCUUAAUUAGCCAUGGUCUUCCCCUCCCUUCCAAUUUAUCUAGAUCCAACCAACUGGUCACAACGGCAAGCAAGAAUUGAGAUUGGCACCCAAAAUUCAUUACCUUUGCAGCUACCACCUGCUUCAACUGUAGCUUCAACUGUAACUGCUGAAGCUGGUGGUAGCUACCAAGGGUUUAUAAGGCCAGGAUCAAUGGCCGAUCGAGCUAGGAUGUCAAAGAUACACCAAAAUGAAGUUGCUGCAGCACAAAAAUGUCCAAGAUGUGAAUCAACAAACACCAAGUUUUGCUACUACAACAACUACAAUCUUUCGCAGCCGCGUCAUUUUUGCAAAACUUGUCGUCGGUAUUGGACUAGAGGAGGUACACUUAGAAACGUUCCGGUUGGAGGUGGUUGUAGAAGAAACAAAAGAAGCAAAGUUAAUUCAAUAUCAAAAUCAUCAACUUCAAAACCUAAUCAUGAUCAUCGCUCGGUCGGUACCGGUGUUGUUGCUGGUGUUGGUGGUUCUAGCUCAACUGGUGCAAAUGCUUCUUCUAAUAAUGGAUGCAUUGAUUCUAAUGUGAAUGUGGGAAUGGCUCAUUUUCAAACUCAAUUUCCAUUUUUGUCCUCUUUGAAUCAUUUUAACAACAAUGACUAUGUUUCUGGGGGAAUUGGUUCAUUGAUGGCCAAAAAUAUUAGCAAUAGUACAACUACAAGUGUUGAGUUUCAACUUGGUAAUGGUUCAUCACUUGGUAAUAGUAAUGUUGGAUCAUUGUUUUUAUCAAAUGGUAUUGGUGAACAAUGGAGGUUUUCGAAUCCGGAACAAGUUCAUCAUCAUCCUCAUCAACAACAACAACAACAACAACGAAAUCAACAAUUUCCUUUCUUGACAAAUUUGGAACCACAAAUUGGGUUGUUUCAAUUUGGUAGUGGAGAAAAUAAUGAACCUCCAACAAGUUUUAUUCAUUCUAAGGCUAUCGAUUCUUCAAGUGUUGGUAUUGGAACGAUCCCUCAAGUGAACAAUAUAAAAAUGGAAGAAAAUAAUCAUCAAGUGUUGAGUUUGCCAAAGAAUCUUUUGAGUGGUUCAGGAAAUAGUAAUGAUAUAUUUUGGAAUGGAAAUGGUAAUAGUAAUGCAAAUGCAUGGAAUAAUGAAGUUCCUAGUUUCACUCCAUCACCAAGUCAAUUAUUAUGAUCCUCAUAAAUUCAGAAUCUAGUGCUAUUGGUUCCUUUACUAGAGCUACAUAUUUUUAUGAUCCUAUAUUGAAAUGAUCCAGGUAUAAUUAGAGUUACAACCAUGGUUCAAAGUUGCAGUUGCGAUUACGUUGUGAACUUUAAUAUUGCAUAGAGUAUGGAUAAUUGCAACUGCAACAAUUAACUGUUGUGAUAUCGUUGUUGAGACCUUUAAAUUUUUUAUAUUGCAGUUGCAUACUAGAAUUUAGAAUAAUGGUUAGAACCAUUAAUUCACUUGCUAACCAUGAAAUAUUAUGAAAUUCCACCACUUGUUAUGUGUGUUUUAGGAGGGAAGAUAACUAAAGGAGAAGAAAUGAUCACUUGAUCAACACUUUGUAUUUCCUCAAUGGUACGCAGCUCUUUUUAUUGUUGAUAACUAUGGAUCUGUUUAUUUUGUGAAAAUAAUUUAUAUUUAUAUUUUUUAAAUAUAUUUAUUUAUUUUAACUUGUUAAUUGAUAAGAAGAUGUGAGACUCUUGAAGUGAACUAUUAUGAUGGAGAUCAGAUAUGUUUCCGAAAAUAAAAAUAAUAUUUUUGUCAUUUUUAUUAUUUCUACAAAUGUAGACAAUUGUUUACUUUAAUAGAAUAUCUUAUCUUAUUAUUAAUAAGUUAUCUUAAUAUAAAUUUUAAAAAUAAAAAUAAUAAAUAUUUUCACAAAAUAAACAGAUUCUAAGUUCAAAAUUUUCAAUUCAAAGAGUAUGGCAUAUGUUAGAUUUAAUGUUGAAACAAGUGUGAUGUAUUUGCUUAUAUGUUGUUCAUUGAAUAUAUAUUUGCAGCAUGUGUGAAAA